ACUUGAAAGGGAAUAACAACAUUGGAUGGAAGGCACGUGAAAACGGUUCAGAGUUCUUGCACUGAAUGAACCACAGUUUUCAUGCCAUGGUUUACAAUACGUCUAUUGAGGGUUUAAAAAGGGUUCAAGCGCGGAUUCAGAACUUGACCUUUUCUGAAUUGGAAAAGUAGACCCAACAGGUGCUGAGACGCCAUGUUGAACGUAACUGCUAGACUAAUAUGGAUAGGAAUGAAAUUAGCCGAGAAUGUCAUCCCGAAUUCAUCCUACUACAUGUACUUCUCAGAAUUUGAACAGAAGGUCAUAGGUAGCCUGAGUUUUGUUGAUAGGACAGAUUCGGGGUUCAUUUUGUUUGGUAAAGGUCAGAUUUUUAUCCUCCGGGCGUGGAAACGAUUGCACCAACACCAUGGGCUGUGCAGCGACAAAGCCAGAUGAUGAUGCCUCUAACGAUCCCCAGUCCGCUCAACAGAAGAUGGAACGGCAAGAAGGAAGAAGUGGAACGAAGGUGCUAGAGGAAGAGAUACGUCUGGAAAACCCUAGCGGGUCUGGCGACGCGGUACCCUUCCAAGCUUGGAUUGCAGAUACCGUGUGGCCUUACGUCCUGACCAAUGUGACAGCAAAUGGACUGGCCAGCAAGGCGGGAUUGAGGCGAGGCGACCAGCUCAUCGGAAUAAACGGCCUGAAGAUCCAAAAAUACAGUCUUCAGCACGUCUUAUACCUUCUCUGCAAAGACAUCGAGACAAAACUCUUACUGGAGCUGAAGCGAACCGACAACGGAACCACCAAGUACGUAUGGUCGUUCUUCGAACUCUCCAUUCGAGAUGGCAACCCAGUAAUUCAGGUGAUACAAUUACUCGAGACUGACAUCGAUGCCAUACCCACGGAGAUUUUGGAAGCUGCCGUCUCGUGGAUUGGUGCUCCAGUGAACGCUUUCGACAUCUACUUGCCUGAUGAGAAUCUCUAUCUGGGCAUUGACGGCGAUAAGCUAUCGUUUAUGCAGUACGACAGGGACAAAUGCACGUUUUACAGAUACAACUAUGAAGGCGGCGACUCGUCCCAGGGCAACGUCGUAGCCUACACGCAACAGAACUUCAAGCCACCGCCGACUGACAUUAAAAAUACACCAGCCACAACGAACGGCACUUCAGCACCUGAGCUUUUCGUAGAGGAUUUUCCUUCUUCGAUGGUGACGCAGUUGUCAUUUCCACCUGAUCCCCGUCUGUGGUACGAAAAAUUAGAUACUACCGGAGACCCGAUAGGACGUACACUGCAAAGCAUGACACAACAGGGCUGGUACUUGGCUAGAGAUCCGGAAAACAAUGCAGCGAUAUUGUCCCAGGAAGCCAUUCUGGUGAACGUCUUGCCACAAGAGCUCGACCGUAUCCCUAGGAAGACAACUGGAGAAGCAUCCUCUACUUAGUUUUAUACCUAAAGCCUCCGUGGCAUCCUCAAAACGGUUUCCUAAUGAGGCUCGAAGAGGAAACAGUGGAUCAGAAUUCCUCUGUGUUUUAAUAAAUUCAAAGCCAUAUAUAGCCGAAUGCUCUCUGUAAAAGCGAUCACACUUGUGGUCUGCGCCACCUUAAUACACGCCACUUUUCCUAUGCACAACUAGAAUUAGUAUUUACACUGCAGUAAUGUCAAUCCGUUAAUUUGUAGUAACUGAUCAUAUAAGGUACUCCAUUAUGAUUACUAUUUACUCCCCAAGUUAAAAAAAAUUGUAAUGGCUUCUAAUGAUUUUGUAACUAUAGUUACCAUUUGCAUUGAAGUUCGCUCUCGAUACAACCAAACACACCAAUGUUGUUUAUUCAUUUUGGCAGCUAUUCCACUCGAAUUAAUAGGUCUUGUUGACAAGAUAGCCGCUUAUGUGCUAUCAUUCAAUGUCUUUUUGAUGGGUACGCGUUCUCAAAGAAGUUGGUUAGGCAAUCUUAUGAUUGGAAUGGCCAUCUUGCUUGCAGAUUUUUAUUUUUCAUAUUGGCCCAAGCGUUCUGGAGCAGUAAUUGGAAAGUUGUGCUCACAAGAGCACAGUGGGGUUAUUUGUCACUUGCCUCAACUGCGGCAUCGACAUUUGUAUCCAUCUUAUUUAUUUGAAACAAAAUAAUUUUUAUUGCUCUCUGAAAGGUAUCCCGUACAUUUAUAGGAAAUCAUCGCGGGCAGCCAUGCAUAGGUGUCAACUAUUUUCCGUGAAGUGUACGCUCUGUAACGCUCACCAUAAUUGCGAAGUCAAAAUGGAAAACAAUUUUUAAAAAUGGAAAUUUUAAGGGAACAUUUUAACUUACCCUUUCUUGCCUGCACAGUCGUACUCGUGGCCGCCGGCCAGUUUCCGGUAAAUUUACGGUUUAUUUUCAAUUAACGAUGGGCGACACGUAAAAACGGUGAAUCGACCAGCUUUAUUUUUUAUGUGCGCUUUAUUUCUCUGAAGUUUAGUUGUAUUAUACGAGAAAUUUCCCAAAAGUGCGCCGCCAAGAGUUUGCAACGCAGUGGCCACUGUACGCAAUGCGCGUUUGAAUGGGUUGACCCAUCCGGACGCGAAGACCUAGACCUAGCUCUGGACAACUGAUUCAGAUGCAACCUUAGAAAGUCGGAGCAAAUAGGUCAGUCUCUGAAGGGAAUCCUGGAAAGUGGCACCAGUGAACAAUGUACUUCUUCAGCUGCAAAACUGGCGCUUCUGCUCCCACAAGCAAACUACUUUAUCAACAUCAAACUUGCAUUCAUGUCGUCCGGGGUAGAGACGGCCAUAACUGCAUUUUGCGGUUUUUUUUCGAAGGAAGCAAAUCUGACUACCCCUUCAGAGUAGACUUACAAAACAUACUUCUUGGAAUGGCCGAAGAUGGGUCAGCCGAGAUUUCCGUGUUUAGGAAUAGACCGACUAGCACAACACUGUUAUUAGCUUCACAAACCUGCAUGCUUCUCUAUCAAAAUUGUCAUUGAACAGAGUGGUGUUGAAUACAGAAACGCGUGGAUUUACGUUUUCACGAACAAGUGGGCACAGUACACGUACUUAUCGCGGCUCUAACUGAUCACUGUGCUUGAUAUAAUUAUGAGUUCCAUUGUAUUUGAGGGUUUUAACUGCAUAACGUUGUUGAAAGUUACUAUUUCUUUUGCAGUUUUAGAACGAGAGAAACUUUACCUCUUUAGACGUUAUUUCGAGACGUUUUUCUUCAAACUCCAUGCAUGUCUCUUCUUGUGAAAAACACAGACGUUAUAAUGUAUUAUUGUCGCUGCUGCUGCAACUGUGUAAAAGGCGAGGAAAACAUGAAAACAUAUAGCGCUAGGAGUUUGGGAAAAGGUGCAACGUCUUAAUUAAAGUCUAGGUUCUGCAUUCAUGAAAGUAUAAGAAAUGGAACUAAGGGUUUCUACUGGACUAUUAGCAUUUACUGGCUUCGUCGAAGGUGAAAAUGCAGUAUUUUCAUAUGCUUAAAAUAUUUUUGUUAAUAAAGGCUGCAAGUCAUGUAUGUUAUACGUUA